UCCGCGCGUUUCUCUUUGUGGACGUCAUUGGCAAGAAAACAACAGGGAGGAAGUGAGUUACGGGCCUCACUCCUCAGGCGUGUGUGAAAUCCCUCAUGGUUGAUGUUCACUCUAUAGUUAGUCGGCUGCACCUCGGUGCCACAUUCCCUCACCGUAUAAAACCCACCUGGAACCUGCUGCCGCCAUUUGCCCGUCGUGUCGCAGCUCAGUCCAGACGCAUCCACGCCGCCAUGGCCAUGCUCAGAGUGUCUUCUUACCGCAAACUGUUCGAGGAGGACGGCUGCAGUGAAAACGGAGGCCUGGGCGCGCCGUGUGCGGGGCAGUACCGGGCCUCUGCCAGGCGUGCGGCUCCUGACCAGUGUGACUGCGAUAAGCUGGACUUUGCGGCCGCCAAGACGCUGAGCAGAGAGGGUCUGAGCCGCUUUGUGAAGGAUCGCGGCCUCAUCGCCGCCCUCAACGACCGCCUGGUUCGUCUGAUCAAGCUGGCUCACUGUUUUGAGGAGGAGAACAAAUCGCUCGAAUUUCAGAUCCUUGACCUCCAGGAGAAGCUCGACAGUCAGAUGACCCCCUCCAGGACGUCCUCUGCUGUGGUGGUGCCCGACCGCAGCCUGGAUGCGGCGGUGGAGAGGCUGAGGAGGCAGAGGGACGAGAUACUGUGUGACACCGAGGAGCUGCGGAAGGAGCUGGAAUGUCUGCAGGAGGAGUACGAGAAGGCUGCACAGCUGAGGGUGCUCAUCCAGCAGGAGCGGCAGGAUGUUUCCCAGGAAGUGGAUGCAGUGACAGCCGAGUGUUUGGCGCUGAGGGAGCAAGUGGCUAUCUACGAGCAGCAGCUGGCCAACAUGGAGGCCCAGCACUCCACGGAGGUGGGGACCCUCCUGCAGCCCGACCACGGGAUGGUGUCAGCAGCAGCUCUUAAAUUUGGCAGCCCCGACAUCUCCCCCAUCCUGGACGUGAAGGAGUACUACUGCCAGCUGGCCCAGAGCCUCCAGUUUGAGUGCGGAGCGUCCUCCUCUGCUGUGGCUCUUCACGCUGAUGGAAAGGAACUGGAAGUGGGAGGAACCGCGAGGUCAACAGUCAAAGACCUGUCAAAGAUAAAGGAUGUCGGCGAGAUGAAGGACCUGAUUUCGCGGCUGCAGAAGGAGCUGGCUGAGCUGGAGAGGUGCGGCGAGGAGCUGGAGGACGAGGUGGAGAUGAAGAGAGCUGCGUACGUGGAGCAGAUUGCAGAGUUGAAGUGCACUAUCGACGAAAUGAGGCACAAGGAGGCUGACCUGAAGGCUCAGAUGAGCGAUCAGUGCGACGACUAUCAGGAGCUGCUCAGUGAGAAGAUGGCCAGAGACAUGGAGAUCGCUGCCUACAGGAGUCUGAUGGAGGAGGAGGAGGCGCGGCUGUGCUGCCUGUGAGUCAGACCGGCUGGACGCUCGUCGACGGCCGGGUUGAAAAACAGACAAAAGAACGAAAAAAAAAAAAAAAAGUGAAAAAACA